AUGCCCGGGCCGUGCCCGCGGCCCGAAGUCCUGGAGCGCGCUGGCAGCUGCUGGCAGGACCCGCUGGCCGAGGCGCUGAGCCGCGGGCGACCGCACACGGCGGCCCCGAGCCGGGGCUGCGCGCGAAGCCGGCCGCUCCGCGUGGUCUACGUGCUGACCCGAGAACCGCAGCCCCUGCCCGACGGCCAGGCGCCCCCCCAGGCCGAGCCGCCGCCCCUGCGCUGCCUGCGCGAGGCCUGCGCCCAGCUGUGCGGACCUCGGCCCCGGCCGCAGCUGCAGAGCCUGCCCUUCGCGACGCUGGCGCUGGGGGACACCGCGGCCCUGGACUCCUUCUACAACGCGGAUGUGGUGGUGCUGGAAGUGAGUAGCUCCCUGGCGCAGCCCUCGCUCUUUUACCACCUGGGCGUGCGUGAGAGCUUCAGUAUGACCAACAAUGUGCUUCUCUGCUCUCAAGCUGACCUUCCAGAUCUCCAAGCUCUUCGGGAGGACGUUUUCCAGAAGAACUCGGAUUGCAUUGGCAGCUACACCUUGAUCCCCUAUGUGGUGACAGCCACUGGUCGGGUGCUAUGUGGUGAUGCAGGCUUGCUGCGGGGCCUGGCUGAUGGACUAGUCCAAGCUGGGGUGGGUUCUGAGGCCCUACUCACACCCCUGGUGGGCCGCCUUGCCCGCCUACUGGAGGCCACACCUACAAACUCUUGUGGUUACUUCCGGGAGACCAUUCGCCAGAACAUCCGGCAGGCCCGAGAGCGGUUCAGUGGGCAGCGGCUGCGGCAGGAGCUGGGGCGCCUGCAGCGGAGGCUCGACAGUGUGGAGCUACUGAGCCCUGAUAUCCUCAUGAACCUGCUGCUCUCCUACCGCGAUGUGCAGGACUACUCAGCCAUUAUUGAACUGGUGGAGACACUACAGGCCUUGCCCACCUAUGACGUGACUGAGCAGCACAAUGUCUGCUUCCACUAUACAUUUGCCCUCAACCGAAGGAACAGGCCUGGGGACCGGGAGAAGGCGCUGGCUGUGCUGCUGCCACUGGUCCAGCAAGGGGGCUCUAUUGCACCUGACCUCUACUGCAUGUGUGGUCGCAUUUACAAGGACAUGUUCUUCAGUUCUGGCUUCCAAGAUGCUGGCCAUCGUGAGCAGGCCUAUCACUGGUACCGCAAGGCCUUCGAUGUGGAGCCCAGCCUCCAUUCAGGCAUCAAUGCGGCAGUGCUGCUUAUUGCUGCUGGUCAGCGCUUUGAGAACUCUGAAGAGCUCCGGCUCAUAGGCAUGAAGUUGGGCUGCCUGCUGGCCCGGAGAGGCUGUGUGGAGAAGAUGCAGUAUUACUGGGACGUGGGCUUCUACCUGGGAGCUCAGAUUCUCGCCAAUGACCUCUCCCAGGUGGCACUGGCUGCAGAGCAGCUAUACAAGCUCAAUGCUCCCAUAUGGUACCUGGUGUCAGUGAUGGAAACCUUCCUGCUCUACCAACACUUCCGACCCUGCCCAGAGCCCCAGGGAGGACCCCCGCGCAGAGCCUACUUCUGGCUCCACUUUUUGCUACAAUCCUGCCAGCCACUCAAGACAUCCUUUCCCCAGGGAGAACAGUGCUUGGUGCUAGUUCUGGAGAUGAACAAGGUGCUGUUGCCCACUAGGCUGGAGGUUCAGGGCACAGAGCUAGGGAGCACAGUGACUCUGAGCUUCAUAGAGCCGGAGAACCAGGAUGCUCCGGCCAGCAGGACAUUGCCAGUAGCCUCCAUCUGCGGUGUAAGCGCUUCCAAGUGGGACGAGCGCUGCUGCUUCCUCUACUGUCUCCCGCCAGCUCAGGACAUGCAGCUCUGCUUCCCCAGCGUCGGGCACUGCCAGUGGUUCUGCGGUCUGAUGCAGGCUUUGGUGACAAAUCCCGAUUCUUCAGCGCCUGCUGAGGAGUCCGAGGGCGUGAGGGAGGUCCUGGAGUUUGAUUACGAGUACACGGAGUCCGGUGAGCGGCUGGUGCUGGGCAAGGGCACCUAUGGGGUGGUGUACGCGGGCCGCGAGCGGCAUACACGGGUGCGCAUCGCCAUCAAGGAGAUCCCUGAGCGCGACAGCAGGUUUUCUCAGCCCCUCCACGAAGAGAUAGCUCUGCACAAACGUUUGCGCCACAAGAACAUCGUCCGAUACUUGGGCUCAACCAGCCAGGGCGGCUACCUCAAGAUCUUCAUGGAGGAAGUGCCUGGAGGCAGUCUGUCCUCUUUGCUGCGGUCGGUGUGGGGACCCCUACAGGACAAUGAAAGCACCAUCAGUUUCUACACCCGCCAGAUACUGCAGGGACUCAGCUACCUACAUGACAACCACAUUGUGCACAGAGACAUCAAGGGGGACAAUGUACUAAUCAAUACCUUCAGUGGGCUGCUCAAGAUUUCUGACUUUGGCACCUCCAAGCGGCUAGCAGGCAUCACACCGUGCACUGAGACCUUCACAGGAACCCUGCAAUAUAUGGCCCCAGAGAUAAUCGACCAGGGCCCUCGGGGGUACGGGAAGGCAGCUGACAUCUGGUCACUGGGCUGCACUGUCAUUGAGAUGGCAACGGGUCGCCCGCCCUUCCACGAGCUUGGAAGUCCAGAGGCUGCCAUGUUUCAGGUGGGCAUGUACAAGGUGCACCCACCUAUGCCCAGUUCUUUGUCAGCCGAGGCCCAAGCCUUCCUGCUUCGAACUUUUGAAGCAGAUCCCCACCUUCGAGCCAGUGCCCAGGCACUAUUGGGGGACCCCUUCCUGCAGCCUGGGAAGAGGAGCUGCAGACCCGGCUCCCCACGAUGUGCUCCACGACCCUCAGAUGCCCCCUCUUCCAGCCCCACUCCUUCAGCUGACUCGACCACCCAGUCCCAGACAUUCCCGCGCCCUCAGACACCCUCUCAGCACCCGCCCAGCCCCCCGAAGCGUUGUCUCAGCUAUGGGGGCACCAGUCAGCUCCGGGUCCCCGAGGAGCCGCGGGCUGAAGAACCAGUGUCUCCUGAGGAGAGUUCAGGGCUAAGCCUGCUGCACCAAGAGAGCAAGCGCCGGGCUAUGCUGGCCGCAGUGCUGGAGCAGGAGCAGCACAGCCUGGCGGAGAAUCUGCGCCUGGAGCAGGAACAGGAUUCCUGCCUGGGCAAGAACCAUGUGCAACAGCUACUGCGUUGCCUCGGGGCACACAUCCACACUCCCAACCGCAGGCAGCUGGCCCAGGAGUUAAGAGCACUACAAGGACAGCUGCAGACCCAGGGCCUUGGGCCUACCCUGCUGCAGGGACCACUCUUCGCCUUUCCGAAUGCGGUGAAGCAAAUUCUCCGCAGGCGCCAGAUCCGCCCACACUGGAUGUUUGUGCUGGACUCUCUGCUCAGCCGCGCAGUUCGCGCAGCCUUGGCGGUGCUGAGCCCAGAGAUGAAGGAAGAAGCAAUCCCUCUGAGGUUAGAGGAUCCGAGUAAAGAGGCACCCGAACCAAAGCUGCCAGAGACCUCCGACCAGCCCAGCACACCCCCUACAGAAUCGGAGCAGGGACCCCCACUUCUGAUGGUACAGCUGGGCCUCUUAAGAGAAGAAACUGAUAGACUUCGAGAUGCCCUGGCUGAGAAGGAACGUGAGUGCCAGGCCUUGGUGCUACAGGCUCUCCAGCAGGUGGAGGGGCAGGCUGGGAACUUUGCUGUGGCCUCACCACCCUCAGCUGCUUCGCUGGGGGACCAGAACCUGGUGCAGUGGUUACAGGAACUGAAUGUGGAUUCAGGAACCAUUCAGACGCUCCUGAGCCACAGCUUCACCCUCCACCUCCUCCUGACCUGUGCCACCCGAGACGACCUCAUCUAUACCCGUAUCAGGGGAGGGAUGGUGUGCCGCAUCUGGAGAGCCAUCUUGAGACAGCGAGCAGGAUCCACAGCAACAACCCCCGGCCCCCAGGAGGUGAAGUGAAGGCAGCAAAGGCAGGCAGCCACACCGAAGGGCAGAGGAUGGAGAAGACCCCAUGGCACUGACAACACCCCACAACCAAGGAGCAGCUAGAGGAGACUAAUGUGAUCUGGGAACCAACCAGAA